UUCUUUUCUUUGCUCCCACUCCAUCCUAUUCUCUCUACCUCCCUCCCUCUUCCCGCGUCGCCUUCGCUGCUAACACCCCCUACACACACACAUCCUUGUCUCUCCGCCCUCUUGCAAGCUCCCAGCUCUGCCCUCUCCGCCCCUCCCCAGAGAAGUGUCCAGCUCCUCCCGGGGGUGCAGCCCUCAGCUCCUUCCCUGCCCACCUACUAUGAGGAGCAGCUCCUCCCACCUGCCCAUAAAAGCCAAGCGCAUGUUACCAGCCGCGGAUCAGAGCACUUCUCAGGACCUCUACGUGGGAGCCAGCGAGCCUGUCUCCUUGACCUUACGUGCCCAAGAAGCUGUUCUGGAAGUAAAGCAACAUCCAGUGAAGAAGCAGCAACCAGCCCCAGGGCUGCCACAAGCAAGGACACUGGUCCUCAUUUCUGAAGGCCAACCAAGUUUAAAUGUGAUGGCCAUACCACCCGGUCUUCUCCAGUUUCUUGGAGUGCUGCUCACCAUUUCCCUGACCUCCAUCAGGUUCAUUCAGGCUGGUGCCUACUAUGGGAUCAAGCCACUGCCACCUCAGAUACCUCCUCAGAUGCCACCGCAAAUUCCAUACCAGCCCCUGGGCCAGCAAGUACCUCAUAUGCCUCUGGGCAAAGAUGGCCUUGCCAUGGGCAAAGAGCUGCCUCACUUGCAGUAUGGCAAAGAGUAUCCACACUUACCCCAAUAUAUGAAGGAGAUUCAACCAGUGCCAAGGAUGGGCAAAGAAACAGUACCCAAGAAAGGCAAAGUAGAAAUACCAUUAGCCAGUUUACGAGGAGAACAAGGUCCCCGUGGAGAACCUGGCCCAAGAGGGCCACCUGGACCUCCUGGUUUGCCGGGUCAUGGGAUCCCUGGAAUCAAAGGAAAACCAGGGCCACAAGGCUAUCCAGGAGUUGGAAAGCCAGGUAUGCCUGGAAUGCCAGGGAAGCCAGGAGCCAUGGGAAUGCCUGGGGCAAAAGGUGAAAUUGGACCCAAAGGGGAAAUUGGGCCUAUGGGGAUUCCAGGACCACAAGGACCUCCAGGGCCUCAUGGACUUCCUGGCAUUGGGAAGCCAGGUGGACCAGGAUUACCAGGACAGCCAGGAGCAAAGGGUGAUCGUGGACCCAAAGGACCAUCAGGACCUCCAGGCCUCCAAGGUCCUAAAGGAGAGAAGGGCUUCGGGAUGCCAGGUUUGCCAGGUCUGAAGGGCCCUCCAGGAAUUCAUGGCCCUCCUGGCCCCGUUGGACUGCCAGGAGUGGGAAAACCAGGAGUCACAGGCUUCCCUGGGCCCCAAGGCCCCUUGGGGAAGCCAGGGCCUCCAGGGGAAGCUGGCCCACAAGGACCUAUUGGGGUACCAGGUGCUCAAGGACCCCCUGGAAUGCCUGGACUUGGAAAACCAGGCCAGGAUGGGAUCCCUGGCCAGCCAGGAUUUCCAGGUGGCAAAGGGGAACAAGGACUACCAGGGGUGCCAGGACCCCCAGGCCUUCCAGGAGUGGGGAAACCAGGCUUCCCAGGGCCCAAAGGUGACAGGGGUGUUGGGGGUAUUCCUGGGGCUCUUGGACCCAGAGGAGAGAAAGGGCCAGUAGGUGCCCCUGGAAUGGGGGGUCCCCCAGGAGAGCCAGGCCUGCCUGGAAUCCCUGGUCCUAUGGGCCCUCCUGGUACUAUUGGUUUCCCUGGACCCAAAGGAGAAGGUGGAGUUGUGGGGCCCCAAGGUCCACCAGGUCCCAAGGGUGAGCCAGGGCUUCAAGGCUUUCCAGGAAAGCCAGGUUUCCUUGGUGAAGUGGGACCUCCCGGUAUGAGAGGUUUGCCAGGUCCCAUAGGGCCUAAGGGUGAAAUUGGCCACAAAGGAUUGCCAGGGCUUCCUGGUGUUCCAGGGCUGCUCGGACCCAAGGGAGAACCAGGCAUCCCAGGGGAUCAGGGUCUCCAGGGGCCCCCAGGUAUCCCAGGAAUUGGAGGCCCUAGUGGCCCCAUUGGGCCACCUGGAAUUCCAGGUCCAAAAGGGGAACCAGGUCUCCCAGGGCCCCCUGGGUUCCCUGGUGUAGGGAAGCCUGGAGUGGCAGGACUUCAUGGGCCCCCAGGGAAGCCUGGUGCCCUUGGUCCUCAAGGUCAGCCUGGCCUUCCAGGGCCCCCGGGACCUCCAGGACCACCUGGUCCUCCAGCUGUGAUGCCCGCUACACCACCUCCCCAGGGAGAAUAUCUGCCAGAUAUGGGGCUAGGAAUUGAUGGUGUGAAACCUCCCCAUGCCUAUGGGGCUAAAAAAGGCAAGAAUGGAGGGCCAGCCUAUGAAAUGCCUGCAUUUACAGCGGAGCUGACUGCACCCUUCCCGCCAGUGGGGGCCCCAGUGAAGUUUGACAAGCUGCUUUAUAAUGGCAGACAGAACUACAACCCCCAGACUGGCAUCUUCACCUGUGAGGUCCCUGGUGUCUACUACUUCGCUUACCACGUUCACUGCAAGGGCGGCAACGUGUGGGUUGCUCUCUUCAAGAACAAUGAGCCCAUGAUGUACACAUAUGAUGAGUACAAAAAGGGCUUUCUGGACCAAGCAUCUGGGAGUGCCGUGCUGCUGCUCAGGCCUGGAGACAGGGUGUUCCUCCAGAUGCCCUCAGAACAGGCUGCUGGACUGUAUGCGGGGCAGUACGUCCAUUCCUCCUUUUCAGGAUAUUUAUUGUAUCCCAUGUAAAAAAUAAAAUGAAAGAGAUUUAAUAGAAGAAAAGGAGACAUCAAAAAUACAAAUGAAAACAAUUGCUUCAAAACAUUUAUAUAGUUGGAAAGUUAUAUUUAAGUGAAAAUUUGGACCAUCUUGUACAAAUAAAAACUAAGAUGCAUGUUAAAUACUCUGCACAGCAGCUUGUAAUUGAAAAUGAUGGGAUAGAUUUACAUACCAAGUACUGACACUUAUGUUGUACCCACUGGAAUCAUGUUAGCUGUUGUAUGUUAUAUGCUUCCAUGAUAACCUGCUUAUUCAGAUCAGUCAAAAUAUGUCAGUAUGAGAGGUCAUAGCUGAUGAAAGUCACCCACUCAUAUUGUUUCUUUUAAAGUAUUUAUAAAUAUGCCUUUAAAAAUGUCCACAAUUACAUACUGCUUUUACUUGCAUAAUUUUCUCUCUAUCUGUGCAUACCAAAUGUAUGUGUGGCAGAGGGCAGGAAGUCUGUAAUGCUACUAUCUCAGUAGGAUGAAGGGAGAAAUGGAAAUGAUGGUAGUUUGUAGUCCAAGGGAUAUUUCUCUCCUAUUCAAGGCUGUCUUUUAGCAGUUCUGUCUUUAGUCAGAACUGUGUGUCAGAGAGCUCUCUGAAAGGACACGCAAACCAGACAAUCAUCAUAUACAUGCUCAGCACCUCCUCUGUGCAGAACAUUGAGAUGCUAGACUGGGGCCUAAGUCUACAAGGAGCUUACAAACCAGCUAGAGACAUGAGUAAUGAUUAACUCAUUCAUUCCUCAAGGGUUUCUUCUGCUUUUUUUUUCCAGUGACUUCUUUUUCUUUUUCUCCUUCUGUGUAAUCUCUUUUCAAUAUGGCCCUACCCAUAUAAAUA